UUUCGCCUAGGAGUCACUCUGGAGCUGUACUCCCAGUCCUCCAGCUGCGACCCAUCUAAGGCGGAAUGCAAUAGUCCUCAGUUUAGAGUUUGCUCAGGAAAGCCCAUUUUAUAGACGGAGAAGCGGAGGCUGGGAGAGGACAAAUGACUGAACUAUCAUUUGAGGUCGCAGCUCAACAUCAGUUCGUCCUUUAACUCUCAUCCCAGAAGGGUUAAGGGCCUUCUGUGGAUUCUCUCAGCGCCAUAUGUGUCCUCCAUAGUCGCUCACCUUUUUCUUUUCUUUCUUUCUUUUUUUUUUUUUUUUUUUUUUUUUUUUAACUCACACGGUUGGCCUCUCUCUUUACAUCAGCCUGGGAGCUGCUCUAGGGCAGUAAUAGGGUCUGACUCCUCUCUGUGCCCCCAGAAUAGUGCAGCACAGGGUCUGGCACAUAAUAAGUGUUAGUUGUCUUUUUUUUUUUUUUUAAUUAGUGAACUGCCCAUUCUCCCAGCUUUUUCCACAGCACCAUGGGGCUGUGACUCUGUCACCCAGAGUCCCCCACUUCCCUCCUCUCUUCCUUAAACAGAGCUCUGACUUUCUGAUAUUGCAUUUCCUGAGACGUUAGAGGGCACGGCUGAGCCCUGGCUCCUACUUCUGCUCCAGCCGAGAUCUGCCCACCAUGAUCCUGGUGCUGAUCCUGCUGCUGCUGGCCCUCUGGCCUCUGUGUGAUGCAGACAUCACGCCAACUGGAAACUGAGGAUGAGGAAGAAGCAGUGAUUGCCCCAGGUGAUUCUCUUCCCACCCCAUCUCCUCGGGCUCUCAGGAAGCCCAGGGACCCAGGCAGCCCUGUUUAUUCAGUCCCCCCAGCCUCAUACCCCAAGCCGUGGCUAGGGGCUCAGCCUGCCGCAAUUGUAACCCCUGGGGUCAACGUGACCUUGAGUUGCCGGGCACCUCAACCUGCCUGGAGGUUUGCACUCUUCAAGUCUGGAAGGAUCAUCCCUGUGCUGUACCGGGGCGUGUCCAUGGAGCUGGCAGAGUUCUUCCUGGAGGAGGUGACCCCAGCCCAGGGGGGCAGUUACCACUGCUGCUACCGGAGGCUAGGCUGGGGUCUGGGUGUCUGGUCCCACCCGAGUGAUACGCUGGAACUGCUGGUGACAGACGAGCUGCCGCGCCCGUCGCUGGUGGCGCUGCCCGGCCCGGUGGUGGCGCCCGGGGCCAACGUGAGCCUGCGCUGCGCGGGCCGCCUGGGGGGCAUGAGCUUCGCGCUGUACCGCGUGGGCGAGGCGGCGCCGGUGCAGUACCGCCGCUCGGCGCAGCCCUGGGCCGACUUCCCGCUGCGCGGCGCCCGCGCGCCCGGCACCUACAGCUGCUACUACCACACGCCGUCCUCCCCGUACGUGCUCUCGCAGCGCAGCGAGCCGCUGGUCAUCAGCGCCGACGGCUCAGGCUCCUUGGACUACACACAGGGCAACCUCGUCCGUCUGGGGCUAGCCGGCCUGGUGCUCCUCUCCCUGGGCACGCUGGUCUUUUUGGACUGGCGCGCCCGGAGUCGCAUCCCAUGUAGUGUUCGGCCCUGAGUCCUGGAGGACUGGAUAUAGACGCCCUGAAGCGUGAGAAGACUUUCCAGAGGUGGCGAGAAGAAGCAGGGAUUCCCAGGGUUGGACCGGCCCUUGCAAGAGCCCCACAGUUGGGCUGAGCCCAGCUUCUGAAUAAUAAUCUGCUUCAUACCGUGUGUUCUCCCUCCCUUCUGGGCCAGUACCUCCUAGAUCCGUGGAAGGCUCUAUCCGUGGUUAAGGCUUCCCAGCCACAAGGCCUGGGUUCGAUUCCCAGUGCUGCUGCUUCCUCGCUGGGAUACUAGGAAGAUGACCUUUGCCAAGUCUCAGUUGCCUGGACUGUAAAAUGGGCUCACUGAUAAUACUCACUUCCUAGGAUUAUUGUAGGAUUAAGUGGGCAAUACGCACAAAGCCCUUAAAAGCGACUGGCCCGUAGCAAACGCUCAAUAAAUGUUAGCUAUCGGAUGAGUGUGGUUUCUACUCAAGGCUCAGGGCUGGAAUGAAGUCACAGUCUUUUUUUCCAUGGUGCCAGCUCCAGCUCACCUUGUAAGCAAUUCGCUGCCACUUCCUUCGUGACAUCAUUCUCGGUCGCCAAGCAAACCUCUUUCAAACCCCUGCUCAGACCUUCCCCAAAGGUGGGCCAAGGUCAGAUCAAGUAGAACUUCUCUAAUUACAGCUUCAUUUGCGUGCACUGCAGACUGUUUUCUGGAGCCGUCAUUAGGAUUAAGAGGCAUCCACUGCCAAGGCAACGGCAAGGGCGGUGUGCACAGUAGACCUUUGACGUGGACAUUAACACAUUGCACCUGGCCUGUUUCCCCGCUGGCUCUUGGCUGCCUUCGAGGUUGUCAAAAUAACGUAAACCGUUCCUCACACAGCCUGCUUGCUCUCCCCUCUUACCUCUCUGGAAGGCCUGACUACAUUCAAGUUUCUCCUGGAAAAUGGAAAAUGGUGGAAUAGAGGGGUGGCCUGAAGCUCCCCCCUAGUCACACGGGAAGUCAGUGGCGCAUCAGGGAGGCUCCCCCUGACUUUGUGCUUCCACUCAUUUCUGGUUCCUUUGCUUUUCAACCACCCUCUCCCUCAUUUCUCGUCAUCCAUCCACCUGCUCAUUGAUUCUCAUCCUUCUUUCCUUCCAUCCCUCCGUCCCCUUUGCACUUGCUCUCAUUGGAUUUUCUAUCCUUUCUUUUACCCUUACCCGUCAUUCAUUCAUUCUUACACCCAUUCCUCCCUUUAUUAAUCAGUUAAUCAGCUUAUUAAUCCAGUCACCUAUGUACUAUACUUAUUCAGUAUCUGUCAACCAACCGAUGCAUUUAAUUCUUUUUUAAAGAUUUUGGGGAGCGCCUGGGUGGCUCAGUCGGUUAAGCCUCCGACUUCGGCUCAAGUCAUGAUAUCAGGGUUCGCUGGUUUGAGCCCUGCAUCAGGCUCUGUGCUGACAGCUCAGAACCUAGAGCCUGCUUCGGAUUCUGUGUCUCCCUCUCUCUCUGCCCCUGCCCAGCUCACACUCUGUUUCUGCCUCUAAAAAAUGAAUUAAAAAAAUUUUAAAAAUUAAAAAAAGAUUUUGGGGCACCUGGGGGGCUCAGUUGGUUAAGUGUCCAACUUUGGCUCAGGUCAUGAUCUCACGGUUUGUGGGCUCGCGCCCCGCAUAGGGCUCUGUGCUGACAGUUCAGAGCCUGGAGUCCCUCUCUCUCUCUGCCCCUCCCCGCUUCGUGCUCUCUCUCUCUCUCUCUCUCUCUCUCUCAAAAAGAAAUAAACAUUAAAAAAAUUUAAUUCUUGGGGCGCCUGGGUGGCUCAGUCUUGGUUAAGCCUCCGACUUCGGCUCAGGUCAUGAUCUCAUGGUUUAUGGGUUCGAGCCCCAUGUCAGGCUCUGUGCUGACAGCUCAGAGCCUGGAGCCUGCUUCGGAUUCUGUGUCUCCCUCUCUCUCUGCCCCUUCCCCACUCGCACUCUGUCUCUCUCUCCUUCAAAAAUAAAUAAACAUCAAAAAAAAUUUUUUUUAAUUUAAUUCUUCUGGGGCGCCUGGGUGGCUCAGUUGGUUGGGUGUCUGACUCUUGGUUUCAGCUCAGGUCAUCAUCUUGCAGUUCAUGGGUUCAGCCCCUGCAUCAGGCUCUGUGCUGGCAAUGCAGAGCCUGCUUGGGAUUCUCUCUCUCUCUCUCUCUCUCUCUCUCUCUACCCCUCCCCUGCUCGCCCUCUCUCUCUCAAAAUAAAUGAAUAAAGUUUAAAAAUUUUUUAAAAA